GACUUUUCUUCCCGCUCCUUUGUGUAGUGUUCACCCAGGAGGUCAGGCAGUAACUAAUGCCAAAGAAACAUCAAAAUAGAAAGUGCUAGCAUGUGCGGUCAUGCCGCCGUUCAGGCUGCCUGAAGAUUAGGAAACUGUUCAAACAUCAAAUCGCCGGCAGGCGUCUCAGCCCGGGCCUGUGCAAGGAGCACGCUGGGAGCGCUUUGGUGUCCCAGCUGAGGGUGAGAUUAGGAACCGGGAAAGCUACCCGCGCAUGCAGCAACCAGUGGAAGGUCAGCUGAAAGGCCCUCCCAGCUGGGAUCGCGUGGGAACCCCGUGGUGGGACCAGCGUUCUACACCCUAGGUACUGUUCCGGGGGCCUCGCGGGGUCCUCUCGUGUCCAACCGAAACCCACGGGAUCCUCUCCAGAGUUCUGGAGAGACGCUCGCGCCAGGAAGGGGCUUUGCUAAUUGCAGGAAGUGAGCACGAGGAAGAAGUGGCAGAGAUCAAGAGGAGGAAGAUAGGGAGGAGGAGGAGCAGCAGGGCAAAGCGCUGAGAGAGAGUCGCGCAUUGCCAGGAGGUUGGGUCCCAGCGAUCCUGCUGUUCUCAGGGGUCCCAGAGACUGCCUACCCCUGCUCAGACACUCAUCUGUCCUCUCCUGGUCUUCAUGGCUUCUCCGGAUGACCCUCUGCGCUCAGAUCACAUGGCAAAGGAGCCAGUGGAGGACACAGACCCCAGCACUUUAUCCUUUGCCAUGUCAGACAAGUAUCCCAUUCAAGACACUGGCCUCCCUAAAGCUAAGGAGUGUGAUGCAGUCACUUCCAACUGCCCACCAAAUUCUGAUGAUCAGCACCAGGGAGAAGAAAAUGACUUUCCAGACAGCACUGGGGAUCCCCUUUCAGGUGUCAGCAGAAACCAGCCAUGCAAGGAAGGCUGCCCUUGCUCUUCCUGCUCUCCUCGGGCUCCCACCAUUAGUGACUUGCUCAACGAUCAAGACUUGCUAGAUGUGAUCAGGAUAAAGCUGGAUCCAUGUCACCCGACUGUGAAGAACUGGAGGAAUUUUGCCAGCAAAUGGGGCAUGCCCUAUGAUGAGCUCUGCUUCCUGGAACAGAGGCCCCAGAGCCCCACACUGGAGUUCUUAUUCCGAAACAGCCAGAGGACUGUAGGCCAACUGAUGGAGCUCUGCCGACUUUAUCACAGGGCUGACGUGGAGAAGAUCCUGCGCAGGUGGGUUGAUGAGGAGUGGCCCCACAGGGGACCCUUGGACGGUUCCAUGCACUUUUAGAAUCCCCUCCCCUGGCAUUGGCCGUACUGCAUGCUGGAACAGCAUGGAUCGCAGGGACCUAUGUGUUCCUGCUGUUAAGGUCUUCGGAUGAGAAUAUAACACAGGCAGUGGUUAUCCCUGAAGCUGGUGGCUUGGGGAAGGACGGGUUGUUUCAAAAGCAGGUGUUUGUUUCCUUUUGCACAUUUGUUUUAAUUUAAUAUUUGAACCUGGAACUGGGGAAGAAUAUUUUAUAGGUCACAUAGGGCCACAGCCUAUGGCUGGGACAGAGCCAUGCCAACAUGGAACGAAAACUCUUCUUAAAAACUGCCAAAGAUUGCAGCUUUCCCAAACUGUCAGUGUCUCUGGACACGUGCACGUCAUCCCAUACAGGACCUUUGCAUUCCCUGCCUAGUGGAGGAAAGCAUGUAGAAGUCACCCUGGCCUGUUCACUGUUCACAACAGUGUAUUUCUGUUGCAAAAGGCUUUGGAGAUCAAGAAGAUACUAUGCAAUGUGGCCCAGAUAUAUGGGCUCCUUUGUUUUAUUAUUAUCAAAUACUUUUGUAAUCUAUAGGCUAUCAAUACUGUCAUUGAAUUUAGCAUUUUACAAAGGAAUACAAAAUGUAUGGUUUAUGGGAGAAGAGAGUGGGUUAGUGUCUUAGGAAUGGCAUUGACAAAGAAUAGUGCUCAAUAUGGCCUUUUGGGCCCUAGGGAGCUAUCUCAGUGGUUACAGUGCUCACCAAAUAAAGCAUGAGAACCAGAGUCCAGGUCCCUGGAACCCAUAUAAGUGAGGGAGUGAAUGAUAUGGCAGCUCACCUGUCAUUCCGGAAGAGAUACCAAUCCCGAGAACAAGAUGGAUAGCUAGACUAGGCACAUGGACCAACACUGGGUUCAACUGAGAGACUCUUUCUCAAUGAACAAUGUGCAGAGUUGUUGAGGAAAACUUUCAACAUCAACUUUGGGAGUCUAUAUGCACACACAUGUACAUGUACAUCUGUAUACAUGUGCAACAACAAUGUGUGUGCACACUGCUCAUGCGAACACACAGACACAGACACAGACAGACAAACAGACAGAGACAGACAGACAGACAGACAGACAGACAGACACACACACACACACACACACACACACACACACAAACACAGAGUAAAUCUCUAAGAGAUAAGGUCAAGGUUGGUCUGGAAUGUAGCCCAUUUGGUAGAGUCCUUGCCUAGCAUGACAAAAGGCCUGAGUUUGUUCCCAGCAUGUACCAAUGUGACGUUACAUGUCUAUAAUUCAAGCACUUGUGGGCAGAAGUAGAUGAUCAGAAAUUCAAAGUUAUCAUUAGCAACAAAGUGAGUGUGAGGUCAGCCUUCGAUAUAUGAGCCCCUGCCUCAAGAAGAAAACAAAAUGUCAUGCAAGCCAUGUGUGCUCGUCCCAAUUCAUGUGGCCCCAGCAUUUUACUCCGUGAGAAUUUUUAACUAACAUGGGCACAGAAUCAUCAUCAGAGAGAUGAACUGAAAGAUUUCUUCAAGUUAACUCUGACUGUAAAUGUAAGAUGGCUUGGAUCUGGGUUGCCCAAAGAAAGCCAAGGAUUAUUCUCAGCUACAGUACAAAAUCAGUUUAUUGAAAGGUAGCUUACAGUCAGUGAUGUCUACAGAAGCAUAAAUACCCUGGAACGUCACAAAGGUGAGACAAGGGAGAAGGAGGUUACUGUAUGUUAAACUGAUUAAAUAAUUACUGAAAGCUUGGUCAUCAUGUUUUAAACAUGUGAUCAUUUUUAGUUACAUAUCUCUGCCUGAUAUGUGCCCAUGAGUAUAGGUGUUUGUAGAGAACUUAGGUAUUGGAACUCCUGGAGCUGGAGUUGCUAGACAUGGGUGUUGGGAACUGAACAUGUCCUCAACAAAAGUAAUAUGAGAUCUUAACCAAUGAGCCAUUUCUCCAACAUAUCAUAUUCACGCUUAAGAACUUUUGGUCCUGGACACCCGUAUUAAGGUGAGCUGCUUGGGAAUGAUGUUGUUUUCCUAGUAAAAUGUCAAGAUCUGCUUAACUAUGUUUCCAAAGGCAUUUUUCUUUAAGCAAAGUUUCCCCCUGUAAAGGUCUAUAAUAAGGUCAUAUAUAAUAUACAUUUUAUUUGAGUGCAGUAGAGAAGAGUCAAAUGAAAGGGAAGGUCCCAAAGCCACACUGGACAGCCAUAUACACAGAGACAGAUUACACAGUCCGGGGGACCCACACCAGAGGGGCAGACAAAAGCACAGCAUGCAAUAUUGGCACCGUGAAGUUUUAACUAGUUAGGGCUCGGGGCUAUGCUAGGAUGUCCAACCUGUGCCUCUAAGAACAAACAAACAAAUAACCUCUGUACAAAGCAGCCACCUACUGGAAUAAUACUGUAAUCUGUAAUAAUACUUAGUAAUAAUACUGGAAAUCUGGCCAUCUCAAACAAUAAUCUUAUGUAGUGCUGCCCCCUGCUGGAGGAUACAGAGUCUGGCUUGGUUAGCUGCCUUCCAAGCCUUCCAAGCAGACCACACAGACAGAAAGAGAAAGCAUGAAUUUUUUCUGUACCUUGGCAGACAAAGGCACUAUAACACUGGCAUGGCUGAGACUGAGGCUCCUGUCUCCAGGAUAUGCCCAGCACAGUGACCUGGGACUCAUCUAUCACCACUGAUGGACUUGCCUCCUCCUUGGGGACUGAGAGUACUGUCCUGUCUACUAGGUCUCUUCUUUUCCCAGUUCAGCAGGCAAGGAUGCCCUGAUGAAGCAGUCUUAGCCUCACCUGCAUUCCAAUCAUGUACAUUACAAAAAUGCAUGCUUCUAAAGACAGGAUUAGUAACCGAGGCUGAACAGUUUUUUUUCUUCUGGCCUCUUCCUUGUGUGCCCCUAAGCAGAUCUCAUUUGGUUUUGAGUGAAGAUUUUUGCCCACGUCUUUUUUUAAAAAAAUCAACCCUACUGUCCCUGCUUUAUAAUUUCCCUCCCCUUUGAAGCCAUGGUAUUGCUGUCUGUGGCACUUGUUCAGAGCAGGCUCUAUGCACAUAUCAAAUCAUCUUCCUCCACCAGCAAACAGUAUUGCCCUCUCUGAGAUGGCAGCAAACCUCUGCUUCAUGUUGUCAUGUGCACACAAAGAAACAACAAUGCCAUGGACCUAGCAAUGCCAAACCACUCUCUGCUCUAGACCAAAGCUGGAGGCACACUGAGAGAUAUGUGUGCUGUCCCAUCACCUGCCUGGGACUUGAACCCCACCCUGGGACUCAUGGGUACUUGGUUAGGAAUGGGCAAGGAAGGGUGAGUCUUCCUUUACUGUGUUUAGAGAGAAUCAAAGUCAAGAUGCUGGCCUGAGUGCUGGGGCUACUGAAGCCUCAUCAUCAGUGGGUGGAGCACCUGUGGGUUACCAAGACUUGAAGGACCUUGGUGGAGUAGGGGCUGCUUCCUUCCCUCCUGUAGCUGUAGAGGGAUAUGGCUCUGAGAGUUAUGUCUGGCAGGGGAAUCUCUGGGUGAUCACAUGUACUGAAGGGCCUGGAGUGGUCAGUGAUGCAACUGGAAAUGAGAUGAUCGAGUUUCCCAGCUCUCUUGGAGGUUAAGAAGGAUCUUCCCCUUGGUAUGACUGUCCAAUGACCACCGUUCUCUGCAGCACCCCCUGGGAAUGUACAGAAGACAUUUCAGCCCAGGAAGGCAAAGCUUCUGAAAGUCUUGCUUCCACAGGGAUGGCAUCUGUACUCCUCGGUGCUAGCCUUUUGAAUCUGUCUACAUCUUCAUCUCCUGUAUGAUUCUCUAAUCCUGUAUGUUUUUCUAAUGAAUAAGGAAAGAUUUUUAUAACUGUAAUAAUGGGUGCUACAAAAUUAAAGACUGAUGUCAACUGUGGUUGCCUCCAA